UAUAGGUAGCAUGUGUUUUGUGUGCAAAUCAUAACGACAACCGCAGUUCCGCAUCGCAUAGGAAUAGUAGUGAGUACAUUUUGUGACACCGAAAGGAGCGUUUUCCAUCAAAGUUUUAUCAUCAUGACUACGAGCGCUUCAUACCCUGAGACGAGAUGACACGAUGAUUCGACGGAAAGCGAGACUAGACAGCUUGUGAUUGACACCACUGUCCACGCAUCCAGAGAUGGUCCCCACAUUAUGGCCAACAAAACGUUCCAUAAGAACAGGUGUUUGACAUCGUACAGGAUACUAGUUUUCGCAUUGCUCUACUGCCUGACAUGCCUGAUAUGUAUGACAAUCUUCUAUGACGGCAGUAGCACGCAGGUUAAAGUGAAACCAAAGAAUGGACCCACGCAGAAACCGCUCCGAGGUCCCGGAAAGGAAAAGAACGAUACAAUCAGAAGUCGGACAUUAUCCCCUGGUGGUAAUUCUACCACGGGCAAGCCUCUCAAUUGGAGAGAUGAAAUUACUAAGGAUUUAUUUCACAAGAAAGGACCGGAUUUGUCUGUAGAGGACUAUCAGUCGCUUCUAGGUAACAAGAGUAUCAAAUUCCAAUGCAAUCAGUGUGCAAUAGUUUCAAGUUCAGGCCAACUUCUUGGCACCGGAGCCGGGCCUCAAAUAGACAACAACGACUGUGUCUUUCGUAUGAACAAUGCCCCAACCAAAGGUUAUGAAAGAGAUGUUGGUCAGCGCACCACGGCCCGCGUCAUCGGCCACGUCAACCUUAGGAAGAUAUUUGACGAUCAUCUAGACGCCCAAUCGGAGUUCCUGGUGAAUACUUCCACCAAAGCGGACUCCAUUUUUAUUCAUUGGUCGUAUCUGACCGAAAUUGAUAAGGACCCUCCCCCAGAGUACGCUCUGGCCGUUGAGCUUGCUAAGAAGUUUAGCAAUGUCUCCUUCAACAUGUUCACUCCACAGAAGAUGAAGUAUGCCGAGAGGUUAUUCCAUCAUGAAACAGGGUUAACAAGGUCUGAAGCUAAGACAUGGUUAUCAACAGGGUGGUACACCAUUCUCUUAGCCAUUGACUCUUGCCAGCAGAUUAAUAUUUAUGGGAUGGUCUACGAGGACUACUGCAAGGAACAUCCGAAUGAAAACGUGCCGUAUCACUACUACGACCCCAACUUCAAGUCCGAGUGUAAGUACUACCACUCAAGCGAGGUACGCCUGACCAGCGGGCAUCUCUUCAUUACGGAGAAAGCGGUGUUUGCGCGCUGGGCCAACAUCCACAGUAUCCAUUACUUCAACCCACGCUGGCCCCCCAAGAGGUUUACCCUAAGCAACCAGUUAUUGACGCCGUUCGUCCAGAGGUAUCAGAUCGCCCAGAACAGGCUGUUUUCCAAGUUGCCGAUAUGGAAGUUGUUUUUCCACUUUGCAGGGUUAUUCUACCCAUUGGUUCAUUGAUGAUUGCCUCUUUGUUUUAUGUAUAUAUUGUUAUUUAUAUGCAUGCUUGCUAAUUACUCAUCACUUUCAAUCUAAACUAUGUGUCUAUUGCCCUUUUUCGAAUCCACGGCUUCGGCUUCAGGCUCCAUUCUCUCGUCUGCUUAAGCCCUGAGCGCGUACGCAACG